AUGGACUCGAAUAUCACCGGCAACGGCACCAGCGGUAGUGGCCCUACUGGCAGUGGUUCUCGGACGGUGGAGCCUAAGCGGACCGAUGCGGCUGACUCGGGUCCAGGGCCGGAGGGUCAAGGUACUCCUGGGACACCUGGGGACGGAAAGCGGUCGGGUUCCCGACGUGGUCGCGGCGGCGGUUAUCGCGGGCGUGGGGGUCGCUACUUCCGUCGACCGGGCGGACGGGCUGGCGCGACGGGAAACACUCAAGGUAGUGUGGGCGUCGAAGAGACUGUCGGUUCAGAUGCCAGUUCGGGUGGCACCGGCGCUCCUGGGUCCACUCCCAGUCCUGCCACGGCGCUGGGGACGGGCGCUGCCGGAGAGGAGGGGCGUAAGACGAGUCGUGUGUCCCAGUCGUCGUCUGGAGGAGGACCGAAGCACCGAACGCCCAAGGCGGAAUGGCGACGGCCUGGAACGAAACCAGGUGCUGAGGGGAAGACACUAAAGCCGGGUGCGGAGGGGGGGAAGACGCACCGAAGACAGAAUUCGAAAAAUAGCGAGAGCACGCCUAGUCAGUUACGCGGAAAAGAGCGUGCAUUAAAUCGACGCGGUAUGUUCGUCGGAAGUGACUAUGCCGAUCGACGCCAUUUCAGCAUCAUCCAGGAGGAUCCUGCUGCACUCGAGAAGGUGCGUGCAGAGGUCGGAGACGUCCGCGGCAAAGCGACCAAGACAAUCUCUGACGAGCUACCCGCCAGCCACAGACGACAUCCCGGUCGCUAUAGCCACGAUGGUCGUUACAGCCACGAGAGCGGACGUUAUGCGGACGUUGGACGAUAUAGUCACGAAGGCGGUCGAUAUCCGGACGCCGCGAUGUACCACUCGAGCGGGAGUUUAGGCAGCGCGACGGGGCGGUCUGCGCUGGACGCGGCUUACCCGGGACGGCGGCGUCGUGUGCACCUGCAGUCUGCGGACCUCUUCGAGUUCUUUUCGCCCGUGCAGAAGGACCGAAUGAACAUGGUGCCGACGCGGCCGCGAGCAUUUUUGGGCCGUCGCACACGUGUGUGCGAGACGAGUAUCGACGGCCUGGUGCAGCAGGACGCUGCGGAUUUGGCGGCGCACUUUCCGAACAUUUACGGACAGCCGGUUUUGGAGAUCCAGGAGACCUCCAGUCCGCUGAGCACGCCGCCGACAGGUACGGCCGUGGCGAGUCCAGGAGGUUCCGCCAGUCCUCGGAGCGCAACUGUGGACAUGGACGCGGCCGCGGCGCAUCGUACACGGAGCGAUUUGGAAAGUCCGUUGACGAUUGGGUUAGUACUGUCAGGUGGGCCGGCACCGGGUGGACACAAUGUCAUAGCUGGUGUGUAUGACUACAUCAAGACUUUAAAUCCUGACUCACGAUUGAUUGGCUUCAAGGGAGGUUUAGAUGGUUUAUUCCGGAGUGAGUACAUUGAGAUUUAUGAUGAGCUGAUGAACCGGUUCCGUAAUACGGGUGGAUUUGACAUGAUCUGGUCUGGUCGUGGGAAGAUAACGGAUGCGGAGAAGCCGGCGGUGAAGGAGUUGGUGGUAGAAUUAGGUUUGCAGGGUUUGAUAGUUGUGGGUGGUGAUGGUAGUAACAGUAAUGCUGCGUUGCUGGCUGAGUAUGUUGGCGCAACACAGUUGCCGUGUAGCGUGAUAGGUGUGCCCAAGACCAUAGAUGGUGACUUGAAGAACGCUGCCGUUGAAUGCUCAUUCGGCUUCGAUACGGCUGCGAAGACUUACUCGGAGUCAAUAGGUAACCUAUGUGUAGACUGCAGUGUCGGGCAGGGAGUCUGGCACUUCGUACGUGUCAUGGGACGCUCGGCAAGUCACCUGGUGUUGGAAUGCGCGAUGCAAACACGACCCAACUUAGUGUUCAUCGGAGAGGAAGUUGAACGCAACCAUACCAGUCUGAAACAAAUAGUGACGGAGAUCGCAGACCUGAUUGAAAAAAGAUGGGCCCAAGGUAAACCUUACGGUGUCGUUCUCGUACCCGAAGGACUUGUUGGUUUCAUUCCUGAGGUUAAACAAUUAAUCUCGGACUUGGGCAAAGUUGACCCUAGCAAAAUGAAGCCACCUUCACCCCCCCUUCUCACCACCGGUACCGGUACCGGUACCGGUACUGGUACCGGUACUGGUAUCGGUAGUGGUGUCGGUAGUGGUAGCAGUCCCCGUGCUCAGAGGCUACAAGUUCAGGAUGCGGAAGGUCCUAGUCCGCUGGUCCCGGGUAUUUCGAGUAGCAGUCCGGCAGUGGUGUCUUCAAAGGAGAGAAUUCCAUCGAUGGCAGCCGUGGCGGUAGGAGGGAGGUCUGGGGCAGGUGGUGCACCAGUGUUAGCAGCUACGACGACAGUGGACGGAGCAAGUUUGGGAUUAGAAGGCGAGUCGUGUGCAUUAUGGGAUUUUCUGCCGGGUACAAUUAGAGAGCAAUUGAUGAACGAUCGAGAGGCUACGGGCUAUAUUCAGGAGGCUAAGAUAGCAACGGAGCGUUUGUUAAUAUUGAGUGUUGAAGAUGUAUUACGACAACGAGGUUUUCCUGUUAAGAUGUGGAAUCGAAUGCAUCAUUAUUUUGGUUAUGAAGGACGUUGUGCAAUGCCAUCAAAUUUCGAUGCUAAUUACUGUUAUGCGUUGGGUAUGACAGCGGCUUGUUUAGUUCACAAGAGUAAGAAUGGUUACAUGGCAGUGGUUAAGAAUUUGAAUGAGCAUGCAACACAUUGGCAACCGAUAGGAGUACCGUUUACUAAGCUGAUGAAAAUGCUUGAUCUACCCAUGGGUCGUAUACCGGGAAUUAUUCGUCAAUUGGUUGACCUUGAUUCUAAGUCCUUUCAAGUAUUUAGUUCUGUUAGAGAAGAAUGGAAGCAUGGAGAUUUCUAUAGGUGUCCAGGUCCGAUACAGUUUGUUGGGCCGGUAGCUGAUAUUAGUAACUAUGUUGUAUGUCCUCCUGAUGUGGAUGAUUUACUGGCAGGUAAAGGUGAUAAGUUCCGGGCAUUACGUCUUAAAGGUCGUGCGGUAACACCUAAGCGUCUAGGUUGUUAUAGUUUGUUACAACGUGAACGUCUUCAAUUUCUACCACAGACACCACCAGCAUGUCAAUCACUUAAUUGUUUGUUCCAACGAGGGAUUCAACAUACACCUAAGGACCCUUACAUACGACGACAGAUUCUAAUUUAUUGUCACUCACUUUGUAGUAACAAUGAGUUCUACCUUCAGGAAAUUAAACCUGGUCCUACUGGUCUUCAGGAUACCUCAGAUUUAGGGAUCAGUAACAUUCCCGAUACUCAAAAUACUACUGGUAGCAAACAUCGACGGUCUAUUAAUGGUGCCGCGAUAGCACCACUUACGGUCGGAGUUGUUUUCCUAUCGCGUCAAGCACCUGGUAUGCAAAACAUACUAUGGGGCGCAUAUGUUCGUUCGCGUAUCAACGGUGGUAGAUGUCUAGGCUUCAAAGGUGUAGAAGGAUUAUUGAGUAAGGAUUAUAUCGAAAUUAGUGAGACGGAUUUGGAAUUAUUCAAGAAUCAAGGUGGUACAGAUUUAUUAGGACGUGCUAUCGAACACGUGUUAAUGGUACCUGAAAAACGUGAGAUAGUAUUACGUAUAGUAACUGAAUUAGAUCUUGAUGGAUUAAUAUUAGUAGGAUCAUCAUUAGCUAUGACUGAAGCAAGUUAUCUGGCUGAAUUCCUAUUGAAUAGUAAUGCUAAAUGUAAAGUUAUUGGUGUACCGGCUACUGCUUCAAACAAUCUAGGUCAUGAUCUUAUAGAAUCAAAUAUAGGCUUCGAUACAGCUAGCAAGUUAUAUUCAUCACUUAUUGGUAAUGUAUUAACUGAUGCUGCAUCAAUGCCUAAGUACUGGCAUUUCGUACGUCUUAUGGGUCGUCAGCCAUCAAAUGAAGUAUUGGAAUGCGCUCUUCAAACACAUCCGAAUAUAGUCAUAGUAGCUGAGGAGUAUGGAGCUGCACAAAAAACAUUACAACAGGUUGUACAGGAUAUAGCAGAUGUUGUUGUUAAACGUACAGAAACCGAGGGUCAAUGUCGUAACUUUGGUGCUGUUAUCAUUCCCGAUGGACUUUGGCAUCACUUACCUACAUUCCGAUUGAUGCUUUCCGACGUCGAUCGAGUUAUAUCAGACGCUGUUCGUGAGGGAACCGAUAAGGAAGCUAAAGAAGAAUUGUUAUGUGACCUACCAGGUGUCUGGACAGAGGCAUUACCACCUUGGUCCCUAGCUGUCUGGCGUAGUCUACCACGCUACAUUAGAGAAGAGUUCUUAACAAGUGAUUCUGAGCUAAGACUCAGUUUUGUUGAAACUGAAAUGCUCCUUUCUGAAAUGGUUUCUGCAGAGCUUAAACAACGUAAACAACGAGGUGAAUAUAAAGGACUCUUCCAAUGCGUCUGUCAUUAUUUCGGCUAUCAGGGAAGAUCUGCAAUGCCAAGUGUGUUUGAUGCUACUCUUGGCUUUGUACAUGGUCAUCUAGCUGUUAUGUGUCUUGAGGCAAAUCUCACCGGUCACCUUACCACAAUUCGAGGUCUUUGUGAAAAAGUUGAAAAUUGGAAAUUAGGAGCCGUUCCAUUUAACUGUCUAUUAACACUAGUUCCUACACAACAAGAUGCAUCACUCCAUCCUCAAUUACUCGAUCGAAAGGAAUCAGAUAUGCCCGUUAUGCCUAAUGCUGAGAUUAAUCUAAAUGGUAAAGCAUUUCGCUGGCUAAAAAUCGCUAGACCCAGCUGGGAAAUGCAAGAUCGAUUCUGUAAUCCUGGACCUAUCCAAUUCUGGGGCACCCCCUCCACCUUCUACCAUCGAAUUCUACAUGAAGAACAAUCAGAGUAUAGCCGAAUGCUCCGACACACACAAAAAUACGCACAAAUGGUCAAAGACGCCUGCGACUUUGGAGUCGAAGAGGACUUCUUAAAAUUUGCGUUCACAUCACUUCAUGGACUAUUAUUCUUACGACAUCAUCAAGACUCUUUAGUGGAGGACAUCGGUCGGAUUCGGCCAAGGCAUUAUGAUGAUAUUCGCGAUGAUGAUUCCACAUCAAGUGAUGCGGAGCAUGGCGUGAUGUUUUAA